AUGAUCAACGCGUUUUUCUUUUUUCUGUUCACAGCUGAUAGCAGUUUUCUCCUGGCGAACGCUCAGAUCGUCGACUUCCCUAUUGUCUAUUGCAACGAAAGCUUUUGCAAAAUCUCUGGUUAUAAUCGUGCCGAGGUUAUGCAAAAGUCCUGCCGCUGCGGAUUCAUGUACGGGGAGUUGACGGACAAAGAGACGAUCGCCAGGAUCGAGGAAUGCCUCGAGGGCCAGAUUCACGAUCAAUUCGAGAUCCUGCUGUACAAGAAGAACAAAACACCAUUAUGGCUGCUUCUUCAAAUAGCGCCAAUAAAAAACGAACGGGACCUGGUGGUCCUGUUCCUGUUGACCUUCCGGGACAUCACUGCCCUGAAGCAGCCAAUCGAGACGGACGACAGCAAGGGUGGUCUCUCGAAGUUCGCCAAACUGGCCAGAUCGGUCACCAGGUCCAGAUCCGUUCUUGUCUCACAGUUCAGCUCCCAUCUGCCCGCUCUAAAGGAUUCCGCGUUGCCAACCACCGCGAAGCAAUCACACUUAGCUCAUAUGAUGUCGUUAAGCGGCGAUGUGAUGCCACAGUACAGGCAGGAGGCGCCAAAGACACCGCCGCACAUUUUGUUACAUUACUGCGCGUUCAAGGCGAUCUGGGAUUGGAUCAUUUUGUGUUUGACCUUUUACACAGCCAUCAUGGUGCCCUACAACGUCGCGUUCAAGAACAAGACCAGCGAGGACGUGUCUCUGCUGGUCGUCGACAGCAUCGUCGACGUCAUAUUCUUCAUCGACAUUGUCCUUAACUUCCACACCACGUUCGUUGGUCCUGGUGGCGAGGUGGUGUCUGACCCGAAGGUGAUCAGAAUGAACUACCUAAAGUCAUGGUUCAUAAUCGACCUGUUCAGCUGUUUGCCUUACGACGUUUUCAACGCGUUCGACCAUGAUGAAGAUGGCAUAGGGAGUUUGUUCUCAGCGUUGAAAGUGGUGCGUCUGCUCCGUCUUGGUCGUGUUGUACGAAAACUAGACCGGUAUCUGGAGUAUGGAGCCGCGAUGCUCAUUCUACUGCUCUGUUUCUACAUGUUGGUUGCUCACUGGCUGGCCUGUGUCUGGUACGUCACUUUAAGGUACUCGAUAGGAAGGUCUGACGCGGACAACGGGGUGCAGUAUUCCUGGUUGUGGAAACUGGCGAACGUGACACAGUCACCGUACAGCUAUCUAUGGACCAAUACCAGCACCGCACCGGAACUGGUGGCUGGUCCAUCCAGGAGGACCAUGUACGUCACCGCGUUAUACUUCACUAUGACCUGUAUGACGUCUGUAGGCUUUGGAAACGUCGCUGCUGAGACUGACAAUGAGAAGAUUUUUACCAUCUGCAUGAUGAUCAUCGCUGCCCUGUUGUAUGCCACAAUCUUUGGUCACGUGACCACGAUAAUCCAGCAGAUGACGUCUGCGACGGCCAAAUACCACGACAUGCUGAACAACGUGAGAGAAUUCAUGAAACUACACGAGGUACCAAAGGCGCUUAGCGAGCGAGUGAUGGACUACGUGGUGAGCACCUGGGCGAUGACCAAGGGCCUAGACACAGACAAGGUACUCAACUACUGCCCCAAGGACAUGAAGGCAGACAUCUGCGUGCAUCUUAACAGGAAGGUCUUCAACGAACACCCUGCAUUCAGGUUGGCCUCCGAUGGUUGCCUGCGUGCCCUCGCGAUGCACUUCACGAUGUCCCACAGUGCACCGGGCGACCUGUUAUAUCAUACAGGCGAAUCCAUCGACUCUUUGUGUUUCAUCGUGACUGGAAGUCUUGAGGUUAUCCAGGACGACGAGGUGGUUGCAAUUCUAGGCAAGGGUGACGUGUUCGGUGACAGCUUCUGGACAAAUCCAUCCGUCGGACAAAGUGCUGCUAACGUACGAGCUUUAACCUAUUGUGAUCUGCACACGAUCAAGAGAGAUCGAUUGUUGGAGGUGCUGGAGUUUUAUCAGGCUUUCGCCAACUCCUUCGCCAGGAAUCUUGUAUUGACUUACAACCUUAGCCAUCGGCUGAUUUUCCGGAAGGUGGCCGAUGUCCGACGGGAGAAGGAACUAGCUGAAAGGAGGAAAAACGAGCCGCAGCUAGAUCAGGCGCAGGAUCAUCAAAUAUCUCUUAUUCUAUUCAGGUUUCGCAGGGAGAGACACACUGCCGACGUGGAGAAAGGGGAUGGAAAGGAUGGAAAGGAGGGUAAAGAGGGUGAGUCGUCACACACCAGGAAACUCUCCACCACGGAGGAGAACACUGCCGUCAAAGGACGACCUGGCAAGUGGGGACGACUUUUAGGUAGCUCCAGCCUGGACUCAGGAAGCGAGACAGGUACAGGCGUGGACACGUUCAAAAGAUCCCUGAGCGCGCGGGAUGCGCGACCCAGCUCCAGCGCAAGUAGUAAUAAAGUGUUCCCCAAGUUUGGUAAGCUCACGGGUACCAUUGAGGAGUCUGGCGACACAGAGAUCGCGAAAGAAACGCAACAGCAGCAACAACAGAGUACCACAGACUCGAAACAGUUACAGCUACGACGUCUGGAGAGCUAUGACGAUGGACUGAUCACCACACAGCCAAGCCAUGAUCGAGAAAUCCUGGCUGCGGUAUUGGAAGUGAAGGUGGAUUUGAAGCUAGAAGUGCAACGAGUAAGUGAACAGAAAGUAUCCAUAGCCACCACAUCCACAUCAACAGGAGGCAGUGAAGGGUAUAGAGAACAAGGAACCAUCACAGAGCGUAGUUCCAAGCCCCAGGAACACCAUCAUCAUCACCAUCACCAUCAUCAGUCUCAGCAGUCUGAUAGAUUGAAAGAUAGCAGCGAUUACAAGAGUUCUUCAAGGGAGGUGAGCAAAGAAUUAUUGGAGAGACUAGCUCAAGCGACCACUUCAAGGGGAGAUGACACUACACCACUUGGACCUUUAAUUCUGAGGAAAAGAAGAAGUAAAUCAAGAAAUAAAGGAGCUGCACCAUUAGCACCAUUAGCUACACAGCCUAUGAGUCCAUCAGAGGCGACAGAAACCACACAGAUGCUGGAGUGCACCGAUGAUAGGGAGCAGAGCACCACUGCUGCAGAAAGAAGUGAGAGGUCUGAUAGGAAGAGGCCUCCACCUAGGCCUAGGGAGUAUUUGUGA